AUGGGGCUUACUUCGGGACUUAAACGGCGCUUCAUCGUGAAGGGCGCGGAAGGUGUCGAUGCAAGAGAUGCAUGGUUAGACAACGACGACAUUCGCCCAUUGGCUCUAAAGGACCGUACGUGGUCACAAACGACGUACUUCACCUUUUGGUUUUCAGCUGUUGCUACUGUUGCCACCUGGUAUGGAGGGAGCGCCGCUCAAGCGGCGGGCUUGAGUUUAUGGGAAGUCAUGGGCUGUCAAAUUGCUGGCUGGAUUCUGGUUGCGACCAUCUUUGUCGUUAACGGUCGCCCUGGAGCGGUUUACCAUGUUGGCUUCCCCAUCCUCAACCGAGCCGCUUUUGGGGUGUUUGGUGCAUGGUGGCCAACGUUCAACCGUGCUGUUAUGGCGACGGUUUGGAACGGUGUCAACGGUAUACAAGGAGGGCAAUGCGUCUACACGAUGUUACAUGCCAUAUUCCCUGGCAUCGCGAAGAUACCAAAUAAAAUGGGCUCGGGCUCGGCACUUACCAGUGGAUCUAUGAUUGGUUAUAUCCUUUUCUGGCUCACAACCGCUUGUUUCCUUUUCAUACCAAUCCCGAAGAUGCGUAUCCUAAUAUAUAUAAAACUCGUGGUUUACAUCGUCUCGGCUGCUGCUAUGCUCGGUUGGACUCUCACUCUUGCAGGAGGUCCCGGUCCUGUUCUCUCCCAGCCCUCAAGAGUCCAUGGCUCCGAGAAAGGCUGGCUUAUCGUAAAGUUUAUCUUCAUAUCCAUGGGAGGAAGUGCAACGUUUGCCAGUAAUGCUGCAGAUUUCCAAAGAUAUGCAAAGAAGCCAUCGGACGUGAUCUUGGGCAACAUAGUUGGGUAUCCUCUAGCAGAUUUCCUGGUGAACAUUGUAGGCAACAUCGUCGCAUCCAGCUCAGUCUUGAUCUUUGGAGAAAGAGAAUGGAAUCCGUUGAUUCUGCUGGACCGCAUACAAACGGAGAACUACACGGCAAAGAAUAGGGCAGGUUGCUUUUUCCUCGCCUUCAUGUUUGCAUACUCAGCGCUGUUCUCGUCCGUCUUUGAGAACAGCAUUCCAGGAUCGGCCGCCGUAUUCAUCAAAUUCCUCGCGUCUUACCAAGUUUUUCUCUCUUCGAUAACAGGAGUCCUCAUCUGCAACUAUUACAUAGUGGCUCGAGGACACCUCAAAGUUCCAGAUCUGUAUACUGCCAGCAAAUCGGGAGCGUACUACUUCAACCAUGGCUGGAACUUCCGAGCCUACAUCGCAUACGUGGUCGCGAUCUGCCCCAACUUCCCCGGUUUCCUUGGGAAUAUGGGAGUGCCCAUGCCUUUGGGCGUCACCAGACUCUACUACUUCGCCUAUCCAAUCGGACUCAUUGUCUCCUUCGGCACGUUUUGGCUUUGCAAUAUCAUUUGGAAGCCGACGUUGAUGAUGCCUCUUUCCCAAUGGCUCGAGCCUAAGAAUUACAUCAGGCCUGAAGAGGAUCUGGAUGGCGCGGUCGUGCUUGAAGGUGCCAGUGUCAAUGAGGAAAGUGCACUUAAGGGCGGAGUUGGAUCCUUUGGCGACAAGGAGCCAGGAAAGGCUGAGAUCUUUGCAAGAGUGUAG